AUGAAAUCCCUGCCUGAGGUGAAUUUUGAAGAUUGCCUACUGGACAAGGUGAACCUGAGGCACCAGCUGAUCUCCCAGACUGUGGAAGAGGUACAGAAAAUCCUCAACUACUUGACCACAGAAAUCAGCCACCAGGACGUUCGAUUUCAAGCCAUCCUUUACUCUGACACUUACAAUGGGAAUAUUAAGGUUUUGUCCCCCACCCACUUCCUCAUCACCGUCCCAGUGAAAGGCCUGGCUGGGUACAGGGAAACCAAGGAACAGCGCUGGCGGUACUACACCCUGCAGGGCACCAAGCUCGCCUCCCCUCUGCGGAGCCCAGAGGACAUGCAUCAGUGGCUAGAGGUGGAGCAGUUCAUGAAGAGCCUGUGGCAGUGGCAUGAGCCAGAUGUAAACAUCGACGGUGACAUCGUGCCUGCCAAAGUCCUACAGGUGUUCAAGAAGCUGGUGGAAAAUGCAAUUAGUACCUGUCGCCUCUCAGAUAAAGUCACCAUACUGGAGAGACGCAGCUCUGUGAUUUGGGUUGCUGUAGAAACAUCUGUAUGUCAGGUGGAACUAGAGCUUGUCCCCACAGUGGAGAUCUCCAACAGUUGGUCUGUGAAAGCCCAGUGGCCCCGAUGUCUGAAGCGCUGGCCUUCCGUCGAGACAGUGGAGUGUGUCAAGUCACUUGGGUUUGACUUGUUGGCCUGUUCAAGUUAUCACUGGCAGCUAAGCUUCUGCCGGGCCGAGCAGACACUGCUGGAGAUGCUGGAUGAGGACGGGGGCUGCCGCAGGAAGUGCUUCCAGGUCCUGCAGCAGAUGACGGAGGAAGUCUGGUGUCCAGGCAAGAGGUCGGUUCUCACAUCCCACCAUCUGCAGACGGUGCUCUUUUGGACUUGUGAGAAAUAUCCCCACACGAGAGACUGGCAGGUUUUCAACAAGGCAUUCCUGCGCCUGGUAAAGAAAUUGCACAAGUGUGUGAGCCAGCAUUUUCUGAAGCACUAUUUCAUGCGGAACAGCAACCUCCUUCGAUAUGCCAACUUUAUGGAACUGGAUGCUGUGGCUGAAAAACUGACCAGCUUCCUGAAGAACCCCCAGUUCAGCCUGCCCUGA